AUGUCUAAAGAGAUCGUUACCGGUGGUAGCAGUGGAAAGGAGCUUGGUAUACACUCACCAUACUAUCUGUCUCAUUCUGAUAAUCCUGGUACUGCAAUCUCUCCUGUCCAGUUGACGGGAGAGAAUUACGCGGAGUGGUCAUCAGAACUGGAGAAUGCGUUACGUGCUAAGCGCAAAUUUAGGUUCAUUGACGGGUCGUUGGUGAUGCCAGAUGAGACCAGUAAACCUGUAGAAGCGGAGAUGUGGAAGACUGUGAAUUCCAUGAUUGUGGGGUGGAUUAGGGCGUCAAUCUCACCUACAGUCAAAUCUACGGUGACGUUCACUGCAGAUGCGUACAAGAUGUGGACUGAUCUGAAACAGAGAUUUUCUGUUGGGAAUGCAGUUCGAGUUCAUCAACUGAAGUCGGAGUUGGUGGCGUGUAAACAGAAUGGCACAAGUGUGAUCGACUACUUUGGUCGAUUGUCAAAGAAGUGGGAGGACCUGAUGAGUUACAAUCCGCCUCCUAAGUGUACGUGUGGUGCAGCUGAGAAAAUAUCACAUGAUAAUGAAGAAGAGAAGGUACAUACCUUCCUUAUGGGUCUCGACGACUCACGAUUUGGUAAUGUAUGCACCAACAUCAUUGGACUCGAGCCACUGCCUGAUCUCAACUCCGUGUAUCAGCGUGUUGUGCGAGAAGAGAGGCGCUUGAUGACGUCUCGAGUAGAGUCUCGACAAGAAGCUGUUGGGUUUGUAGCAAAGACAGAGUUAGGAGUGGACGUGCCGUCAGCAGAACGCAAUCGAGGAGGAGGUGUUGUGUGUUCUCAUUGUGGCCGGUCAGGUCAUGAAAAGAAGGAUUGUUGGCAGAUUAUUGGUUUUCCAGAGUGGUGGACAGAGCGUAACCGUGAAGGAGAUCGCGGUGGACGUGGAAGAAGUAGAGGUCGUGGAAGGGAUCAACAGGCACGAUCACAUGCUACACAAGCUUCGGGAAACUCAGGAGGAGGAGGUGGAGUUCCGUCUCUUUCCGAAGAACAGUGGGCUUCUUUGACGGCUCUUCUUGAGUCACAGAAACCACAUGUAAUCCCCGACAAGCUCAAUGGUAAGGAACAGUCAGGAGAGGUGAUUCUUGACGCUGGUACUUUGCAUCACAUGACAGGUGAUGAGAAGUUGUUGACUAGUCUCACGCCUGUUGUGAGUUGUCCUGUCAGCUUUGCAGAUGGAAGUCAUGUUUUUGCUUCCAUGAGUGGGUCGUUGCGACUCUCGGAGACUAUUACAUUGUCUCAUGUUCUAUUUGUACCGAAUCUGAACUGCACAUUGUUGUCUGUCGCGAAGUUACUUAAGCAAGUUGGCUGCUUUGCGAUCUUUACUGACACAUUGUGUAUUUUGCAGGAUCGUUUUACGAGGACCCUGAUUGGAGCCGGUGAAGAACGGAAUGGUGUCUAUGUUUAUCGGGAUGUGACAAUUGCACGAGGCCAUAGAGUCAAAGCCGCUGAGGACAAGAAUUUGUGGCACCGGAGAUUGGGUCAUCCUGCAUUUGGUGUUUUAGGACAUUUACCUUUUGUUUCUGGUGUUUUAAACAACUCCGACAAGUUCGGAGGUUGUGAAAUUUGUUUCAAGUCAAAACAAACUUGA